AUGUUCACAUGUAUGUUUAUCAAAACAUUAGAAACGGCGCACAGCGUGCAAUGCAUUUGUUUCUGGAAGGUUAGUAUGGCAGGCCCUUCUUCAGUCGCUGGUGAUGUUUUUGUUGAUGCUCUGCCGUAUUUCGACCAGGGAUAUGAUGCUCCAGGGGUUAGAGAAGCAGCAGCUGCUUUGGUCGAGGAGGAGACAAGACGAUACAGACCAACAAAGAACUACCUGAGUUACCUGCCCACACCUGAUUUCUCAACUUUUGAGACUGAGAUAAUGAAGAAUGAGUUUGAGAGACUUGCUGCUCGUCAGCCCAUGGAGCUGCUCAGUAUGAAGAGGUAUGAGCUGCCUGCUCCUUCAUCUGGGCAGAAGAAUGACAUAACAGCAUGGCAGGACUGCGUUAAUAACUCAAUGGCCCAGCUUGAGCACCAGGCAGUGCGUAUUGAGAACCUUGAACUCAUGGCCCAGUAUGGGACCAAUGCAUGGAAAGUGUCUAACGAUAAUUUGGCCCUAAUGAUUGAAAAUGCACAAAAGGAACUGCAGAAGGUUAGAAAACAGAUACAGGACCUGAACUGGCUGCGCAAAAACGAUCAGCUAGCUGGUGGAGCCAAACUUCGAGAACUUGAGUCAAACUGGGUGUCCCUCGUUAGCAAGAACUAUGAAAUUGAGCGUGCCAUCGUACAGCUGGAGAACGAAGUGAGACAGAUGAAACAGCAACAGGGUGAUGAGAACAAAGAGAAUAUUCGACAGGAAUAUUAAAUAAUGACUAUCAACACCAUCUUGAAACUGUUGCAGACUUUUGCUUGUCUUGGACCAGUAAAUGAUCACUCUACCAAAGUGUCACUUUUUAAAAUUAAAUGACGAAGAGAGAGCCAUCUUUAUACAAGGAAAAUGGACAAUAGUGUUUUAUUGCAAACAGAUUAAAAACUGUUGUAGUCCAGAUGUCAUAAUUCUGCACCAAAAGUAAAAAAAACACACACACAAAAAAAAAAAACAGUUAAAGUUCAUUUAAACUCUGGAAAUCAGUUACUCACAUUAGUUUGUUUAUAUGUUUACUGUAUACAUUGAGUUGCAGUUCACUAAAGCAUUUUGCAAAGCUC